UGACAUAUGCAUUUUCAUUAGUUUCACAUAAUUGUUAGUGGCUUUGACCAGUGACCUUUUCUGUAAAAUCAAUACAUUUUAGUACAGCCAACUUAUUCGGUUAACUCUGGAAUUAAAUCAUUGAUAUUUAUUUUCAUGAGGCUAGAAAGUGUUAAAUAACAAUACUACUGAGAAACAAUUAACAUAUUUGACACUUUUAAUAAACCCUAAGAACUCCUGCUUGUGUGCUCCAAAUUAUUUUUUCUUACAUCAGACGUUAUAGAGUCAUGCCCACAUGGACAGAGAUCCUUUGGUCCAACUAGUCCAUUGCCAACCAUGUUCUCAACUAGUUCCACUUGCCUGAAUUUGCCCCAUAUCGUCCCAAACCUUUCCCAUUCAUGUACUUAUCCAAACGUUAUUUAAAUAUUGUAACUGUACCUGCAUCCACCACUUCCUCUGGCAGUUCAUCCACACAGGCACUAUUCUCUGUGUAAAAACGUUGCUCCUCACGUCCUUUUUAAAACUUUCUCCUCUCAUCUUAAAACUGUGCCCUCUAGUUUUGAACUCCCUCAACCUGGAGAAAAGACCCUUGCCAUUCACUAUAUCUAUGCCCCUCACGAUUCUCUGAGCACCGUACUCAGUUACUUUAAGGAAUGGAGGCUAAAGAAUAAAUGGAGCAGCUUUCUUGAUAUCGUUUCAUUCCAUAAAAAGUUUUAAAAAUAACUUAUAAACAAUAAUUUUUCAAACAAGAACAUUUCUCAUUUUUGGUUGUUGUCAACGAGUCCUCCAUUCAUAAUCUAAACUUUAUUAGUAAAGAAGUUAAUUGUCUUUGGAACACCAAAUUUUAAAUUCGUCCUUAUAACAUUUUUAAAAAUUUAUUUGGUUCUGAAAAUAUAACUGAUUACGAAUUUAAAUUAAAAGUCUUCUCUCCUCCCCUAAAGGAAACCACCAGGUAGCUCACAUUCUAAGUAAUUUUUAAAUCUAAUGAGCCCACGCAGCGGGUCUGUGGAGAUAAUUCCAUUGCGAACGGCAUCACACUUGAACCUGGUUCUAUUCUCUACUGAUAUUCUCGCACGCACAUUUUCCACAAGAUGUUACAGAAUAGCGAUUUUUCUGCUGUCAAAUCUAGCAGUGCUGAGGACAACUAGUGCCGGACAUAAAUUGAAAGCACAGUAAAAAGAGUUUUUAUGCGGAACUCUGGCAAAGAUCAUACUAAUAGCCGAGUACGCGAAUUCAAAUUUACCAAGUAUAUUUCCAUAAUGCUUUAUUAUUUGGCAAUAUCACCGCACAAUGUAUUCUUAUUAAAACUGCGAUCCUUAAUUUAGCUUUUUGAGUUGCUAACAGCUAUCUAUCCCUGUCUCGCUCAUGCAUUGAUCGGGAUAUUAUUACUGACCUUCCUGUGAAGUGAAAUCGACAUAUCUUUAACAUUGCCUUCUAUCGUGCUUUUACAAGACAACAAUCAGCUCUCUUUAAUAUACAGUUAGUAUACUCCAUGUAUUUCUUUUUGCGAACGGUUUUGUUUGGUCUAUCUUUUUUGUUAAAUGUUGACGAGAUGGAGACACAUCUGCUUUUGAGAUUAGAACAGCUAAUAAGCGUCUUUCUGGAUCAACUAUGGACGUCAGCGGAGCAGACCACAGCUGGCAGUAAGUAAUUCCUCGAUUGCUGGAGAACUGUUCAAUCUGCUAAACUGGGCGAGUCUGCGAGGCAAUUGUGUAAAACAGAAAAACUAUCGCAUCAAAGAUAAAUAACCUCCUUGAAGGUGAAUUCUGGGGUGGUCAGAAAGUGGGAAUCAGAGAUGGGAAGGCAAGUGGAGGGUAUAACCAGGCUUCUCCAAACAUGAUCAGUUAUGGCUUGGUAUAAACUUUUGGACACCAGUGGAAACUUUAUGGCAGAGCUGAAUAGGAAGACCUCUAAAGGCAGGGUAAGCCUGAGUGCCGCCGUCCCCUUUUGGCUGCCGAUUGCUGUCCCAUAGUCAAUAUGCUUGGCUGUUCCAGGAGAGUCCUUCUCAAGAGGAUGCCUGCGGUGUUGCCAUGUGCGUGCACAACUCGACCGGAAAUUUGCAGGGGGAGAAAAGGCAAAGCGCGGAAAAAAUAAUAAUUUACAACCUUUGAAAGGCCAGUCAUCCCUAUUAAAGUGAACUAGUACAGGAAAGCACUAAGGCGUGGAGCUCAGCGACAGUAACCAUAUACGUACACAAUCUUGAUCUGGGCACGCAGGAAAUUUUACAUUACACCUACGGCCGACCGCAAGUAUUCGAGGAGGUAGGCGAUGCUGACGUCUGGACACUGCAUUUUACGUAUUCUUUCAAAAUUGCACCAUCACCACUCGUAAUUUACAAGGCAAGCAGGAAAGCUUUCGAGUUUUAACCCUGUCUGCCUCGGUCUUUAGGCAUGUGAACGAGUCAGGUUGACUGUAAUUUCUCACGAGUUGUAUGUGGGUACGGACAGAAAGCGGGGGGAGGGUUGGUGGGAGGUAGAGAAUUCAUCCGAUCACCAGGUUUCUUCCAAUAUUCGUAUGCGAGAGUUAUGUACAAGGAGAUUUUUGACGGGCUAGGGAGUUGGGGUGAUGAAAUUUCGGAGACACUUUCAUUCCGUUUGUUGCUCCGAGUCCCCUCCGCUCCGCUCGCGUGCUACUAACGGCCACAGGCCGCUCCGGCACCCGACGGGCGGUUCGUUUGUGACCCGCUGUGGGGGAGGGGCUGGGCAGUUUCUGUUGGCGCGCGAGCGAGCGAGCGAGCGUGCGGGCGGGGUUGGGUGUUUCAGCCGCGUGCGUUCACGCGCAGCGGCAGUUACUUUUUCCAUUUUUUUUGUGUGUGGGACGGGAACAAAAAGUUGGGAUUGUGCGCGCACCCGCAGGCGAGGCGUCGCCAUUUUUUUAAAGUGUCUGUAGCACGCGCGUCGAGGAGGAGUUACCGAGGGAGAGAGUUGUGGAAGUAGAGGGGGGUGUUAAGAGAGUCAAUUAGUUCGUCGGUGGGUAGGGGCAAACUAAAAUCAUCAUUUUUGCAGGACUAGCAAUCAGGAUUGAACUGAAAUUCCCAGAUAAUAUGAAAUAUUGCCAGUAAAUGUGGAUGCCAUUUAUGUGGAAAAUUCUUUAGUUGAAGAGAAAAAUCAACAUGGCUUUGGCUGGCUGUCCAGAUUCUUUUCUUCACCAUCCCUACUAUCAGGAUAAUGUUGACCGGACAUCUCAUAGGCCUAGAGAAGGAAUUGGACCUGGUUUCCAAGGUUCCUGUAGUCAUAACUCCCCUAACCACCAGGAAGAUGAUGUAGACCUGGAGGCUUUGGUGAAUGAUAUGAACUCUUCAUUUGACAGUUUAUAUUCUAUAUGCUGUACCCAGUCAGAAACCGUUGCGCUUAUCCAAAAUGGUCAGCUUGCCUGUAGUCAGUUGGCGAGUUCAGAAACAAAGUCGCCACAGCCAAUAUCACCAAGGCAGAAGCUGCGACGUUCUCAGCCAAUGCACAUUCUGACAGUCAGAAGACUUCAAGAAGAUGAUCAAUUCCGUACAUCAUCUUUGCCCGCCAUUCCAAACCCUUUUCCAGAACUGUGCAGCCCUGCCAGCUCACCAGUGUUGACUCCUGGUUCAAUGCCUCCGGAUCCACCUCCCCAUAAAAAUAUCAUUAAAGUUUUUAGUGAAGAUGGAACAAGUAAGGCAAUUGAACUUCCAUCUGACAUGACUGCCAGAGAUGUCUGCCAGCUGUUGAUAUACAGAUGUCAUUGUGUUGACGACAAUAACUGGUCAUUAAUUGAACAUCACCCACAUCUAGGUUUGGAAAGAUGUUUGGAAGACCAUGAACUAGUAGUACAAGUACAAUCCACAUGGAUAAUGGGAAAUGAAAGUAAAUUUUUAUUUAGAAAAAACUAUGCCAAAUAUGAAUUCUUUAAACAUCCAGCAAGCUUCUUUCCAGAGCAAAUGGUGGUUUGUUGCCAGGGGUUAAAUGGAAGUAGCCCACAUUCACAGAUCUUGCAGAACUUCCUGAAUUCUAACAGUUGCCCAGAAAUUCAAGGAUCUUUGCAUGUCAGGGAAGUGGGAAGAAAGUCCUGGAAGAAACUGUCUGUGUUUUUGCGACGGUCAGGACUUUACUUUUCUUCAAAAGGAGCUUCAAAGGAACCAAGACAUCUUCAGCUCUUAGCUGACAUUGAAGACAAUAAUGUGUUUUCAUUGGUGGCUGGCAAAAAAGCAUACAGUGCACCAACUGACUAUGGCUUUUGUAUAAAGCCCAUAAAAAUGAGGAAUGAAACAAAGGACCUUCGAUUAUUCUGUGCAGAAGAUGAACAGAGCAGAACAUGCUGGAUGACAGCCUUUCGACUACUCAAGUAUGGCAUCCUAUUAUACCAGAACUAUCGGAUUCCUCAACAAAGAAAAACAUUAUUAUCCCAUUUCUCUACACCUGUGAGAAGCAUAUCUGAAAAUUCCUUGGUAGCUAUGGACUUCUCUGGACACACAGGUCGGGUCAUUGAAAAUCCUGCAGAGGCCCAAAACGCAGCCAUGGAAGAAGGUCAUACAUGGAGGAAACGCAGUCAACGGAUGAACACUUUGGGUAGUUCGAGUCCUUUACAUCCCCCAACAUUCGGUCACACUAUUCACAGAACUCAGCCAUGGUUUCACGGCCGCAUCUCUCGAAAAGAAGCUCAUAGUAUGAUUGAGAAACAGGGACCCGUGGAUGGGUUGUUUCUUUUGAGAGAUAGUCAGAGUAACCCAAAGACAUUUGUGCUAACGUUAUACUGUCAACAAAAGAUCAGGCAUUUCCAGAUACUACCAUGUGAAGAUAAUGGACAGCUUGUCUUCAGUCUUGAUGAUGGAAAUACCAGAUUUACUGAUCUUAUCCAGCUUGUUGAAUUUUAUCAAUUGAACCGAGGAAUCCUUCCUUGCAAAUUAAAGCAUUACUGUUCCCAGAUUUCCUUAUAACCGUUGAUUGUAUUUGAAUUAAUUAUAAUAGACUUGAAUUGCUACCUGUUUCUCUACAUCAACUCUGGAGUCUUUUUGGAGAAACUGAACUGCGUUCAUUUGAAAGAACUGUGAAAUUCAAUAAAAGCAUAAAUUGAGACUAUGCUUUUUGUUCACACAAUAUGUGGUAAUGCAGAAGAAGAGAUGGGCUGAGCAAUUAAGUAUUUGGAAGUUUCAAUAGUCGCUUUGUAGAAACUGAAAAUGAUCUUCAAGAUGAACUGCAAAACAUGACGGAUCCAUUUUUGUUACAGUAAAACUUGACUAUAAGCACCUGCUCUGGAGUAAUCUUGAUAAUGUAUUUUAAUUGAAGAGAAGUGACUUUGUAUUUUUUUUAAAAUGGGCAACUCACGCUCAUUCAAAAAAAAGACAUAAUAGACGUCAUAUUGCUGAAGAGAUGUUUCAUUUCCUACAGCACUUAAUGUUUUGUUUACUUCCUGAAUGCAGCUUUCUAAGAAAUGUUCACUUGUAGACAUCAUGAAAGAAUAGGAGAAAUCAUAAUGACUACUGCUUUUGGAAGUUAAAAUAGCUCUCAUCAAAUAACAGGUCAAUCAAGAAUACAGAUUCAACCAAUUUUACUGCUGUGCAAUAAUGCAUUUCAAUCCAGUUUUGAAAUAAUAAUGCAUUGAAGUUAAAUCCAUUUUAAGUACUUUCUGGAGAUAACCGAAAGGCUGAAACAUAUCCAUAUUUCACAAUGAUGGAUUUGCACACCAGAAGAGUGGAAUUGGGAAAUGAUGGUUGCUGUUUGGUUGUCUAUUAUGCACCCUUCAUUGACUUCAGUGGAGUUGGAAAUCAGAUGGGGUGUAAAAUGGGUGACUGGCAACAUUCAGUUACCCAAAAUGAAAAUUAUCUACAACACUCUUGUUUUGAUCCUCAUCUUUGAUAAAUGUUCAGUUUUAAUCUUGAUUCUGGAGAACUUGCUCUUCAGUACUAAAUACCCUUUCUGCUCUUGAGGUUUUAUUGUUUAACCAUGCAUGGAAUUAUUGUGUUAUUGUGGAACAAGUGUUUUAUGUGCUAGAGAGUUGUCUAGCCCUGGUAAUCAAAACCUACAUGUUGUACAGAUCAGUGACCUUUUAUUAGCCCACAGCAAUAAAUAUUAUUGUAUUUAGAUUGCACACGAGCAGUAUAAAACAAAUGUUUUCAAAAUGUACUAAGCCUGUUCUUAAAUAGGUAUCUUAUAUUUUUGAGAAAUCAAGCAUUUCAGAUGAUAGUGUUGUAAAACUACCAAAAUUGGUGUUCAAAUGCAAUUAUAAUGGAACAACUAUUGAGGCAGCCGCAUUUUAAUGCGUAGAAGUAGAACACAUUGCAGUUUCAGUUCGUAUUUGUCAUAUUCAUUUUCAAAACACAUCAACUUAUUGAAAGUGAGGCUUGAUUUGAGUUUAAGGGCAUUGUACAUUUGCCCAUACUACAAGUAAAAGAAUUUACUUUUUUUUCCUGCUUGGUUUAUUUGUCUCAAAGUGCCCCUUUCAAAGAAAACGUUGUUUAAUGUAAUGCCACACAAUAGUAUACAUGCAUAUUUUUGUAGUAAAUUGCAUAAACUGCUUCACACAACCAAUGCUGGCCUGAAAGGCAUUUAAAUUUAAUAAAAUAUCACUGGUUCCAAAAAUGAUCUUUAAAAAUAUUGAGCAUUUUUGAAACUGGGUUGCAGAUACUUUUAUCUGUAAACAGUUAGCCAGAAUUUUUCAAUCAGUAUUGCAUCAUUUUGCAUAUUUAUGAAUAUAAAUUAUAUUUAAAUUUAGAGGAGGAAAAGGUGUUUAGGAUGCCUUAUGAUAAAAUAUGUUGUCUGAUGGUUUUGAACACUCAACAGUUAUUCAUCAAUUAGCUUUAACCAUUAGUUCAGCAGAUAAUAUGCAUAUACUAUUCAUUAUAUUCUUAUUAUCAGCUUGGUCGAGUUCCUCUACUGAAAUUCUGGCAGACUUUUCAAUUUGCCUGGGCCCAACAGGUUCAGCUGGCUGUCAAUACAGAAGCCAAUGAUAUUUUAUUUUUGUAUUUGUGAUAUGAAUGUACAGCAAAAGGGGACUCUCAGGGUUGAUGAAGCCUGUUAAUUUUUUUUCUUGACCUUGUGAAAAAAAUUAUGAUGUAGCGUAUCAUCUUUGGCUUAAGCAGAAUAUACCAAACAUAUUUGGUUUUUUAACAUCUGUGUUGAUUUGUGCAUCUGUAUUUAACAGCAAGCUAAUUCACUCAUCAAACUAAAAAUAGAUAAUGCACUUCAGUUUUUAUGGGUCUGCUCCUCUACUGCAUGAAGAUUUAACCAACCAUUUGACCAAUCAAUGCACCUUUUUCAGUGAUAGGAUUUGCUUAUCACAAAUUAAAUUUGACACAAUGCAAAAACUGAUGGCUGUGAAAUGAAUACAGCAAACCUUUUUUUCAGGGAAUGCUUGAAGGUAUUAACAUUUUAAAUGAAAAUCUGCAUUCAUAACAUGCUUUGCUUCGUCAUGUAAAUAGCAGUAAGGCUUGUGAACUUAACUGUAACUGUUCAGGUAUUUUUGUAUAAAUAAGGGACUGAUAUAUUCUGUUUAUUGUAAUUAGAAAUAAACAUUAAUGCAAACUUA